CUUAGUCCUCAGGUGUUCUACUUGUACUCAUCAAUUAAUUGGUUAACCUAUGAUUCAACAUGUCCAAACCACUGACAAGUGCUUGUGAAGUAUUUCAGCACUGCUGAAGCACUUGGGCAUUCACUGCAGGCAACAGGAGGAAAUUUUGCAAUUGAGUAGCUCCUGGGCUGGGCAAGACCUCACCUCCCCUGCUUCCCUGUGCCACACCAUCCUUUCCUCCCCAUUGGCAUACAGAGGGUAUUUUUCAGCAAAGCAAAACGGCUGUGAGAUUGAAGGAGGACAUGAAAAAGAUAGCUGUGCUUCCACUGAACAAGCAGAGGGACUCAACUUGUCCAAAGGUGUUUGGCGUGAGUCUUCUGGAGCUCCAGCAGCAGGGACUGAGCAAAAACGGUAUCCCAAUAGUUGUGUGGAAUAUAGUCGAGUACCUCACUCAACAUGGUAUGACGCAGGAAGGUCUCUUCAGAGUAAAUGGCAGCAUGAAAAUGGUGGAGCAGUUGCGUCUGCAGUACGAACGUGGAGAAGAAGUGGAACUUGUUAAAGAUGGUGAUGUGUACUCAGCAGCCAGUCUGUUGAAAUUAUUUUUGAGAGAGUUGCCAGAUGGGAUUAUCACGUCUGCCUUACAUCCCAGAUUCAUUCAGCUUUACCAGGACACAAGAAACGACAUGCAGAAGGAAAGUUACUUGAAAGAACUCCUUAAAGAACUGCCUGAGGCUCAUUACUGCCUGUUGAAGUACCUGUGCCAGUUCCUGAUAAAGGUUGCUGAACAUCAUGUGGAGAACAGGAUGAACCUUUGCAACCUUGCCACUGUAUUUGGGCCAAACUGCUUUCAUGUGCCCUCUGGAUUUGAAGGUAUAAAAGAACAGGAGAUCUGCAACAAGAUAAUGACAAAAAUGCUGGAAAAUUACAAUACCUUGUUUGAACUGGAAGGCUUGGAGAAGGAUGAAGAAAAGCCUGUAUGUGAAGAGCUAGCAAGAAUAAUUUUGGUAAAAAUGACCAAGUCCACAGUGGAACGAUCCAACCAAAUGUGCCUAGUGCCACAACCCGGCCGGUCAGAUGGAAUACCUCGGGUCAGCCUCCAAUUAACAGAUAGUGGUUCACGUGGGAAGGAGAUGGACUUAACAGAUGAAGUCUCCUUCACUAACAGUGAUGUGUUUUUCUCCAGCUCCCAAGAAGAUGAGCGGCCUAUGUCACCCUUCUAUGUGAGUGCCCAUGUAUCACAAGUCAGUAGCAACAUUCCUGCUACAGGAGAGUAUUUAGAGAAGACAAUCCGCUCAGCCGUGGAGCAGCAUCUCUUUGAUGUUCAUGGCUCAGGCGGCCAGAGUUCAGAGGACUCUGAAUCGGGAACAUCUUCAGCCUCUUCUAAUGUGUCUGCCAGGCAGAGGAGGCGGCACCACAAAGAGCAGGAGGAACCCCGGAGAAACAGAGACAUGGAAGUUGUCAACAAAGAAAACAUUCCCUCUGGAUUCAGCAAUCUUGAGGACUGUAUUCUAGCUGCUCAAGAAGUAGAAAAAUUACAAGACGCCAGCUCUGGAUAUCUCAGUGAAAGGAAUAAAUCGAAGCGGCAGAAAUCUAGCACCAGGCUUUCAGAGCUCAAUGACAACCAGGACAGUCCUGUGAGUAUGGAAAGCUUUAGCUCAUCCAAGCCUAUAGACAGAACAGGACCUGAUGACAUGGAAAUUUUAUCUGAAGAAAGCAAAGAAAGUGAAAACGAUGAGGUUUUUUUCAGGCAUUCUCAGCUGACUACAAGUAUGAAGAUUCAAGAGCAUCCAAGCAUGCCUGAAAACAAGUUGCAAAGAAAUCAAGAUGCUGAUGAUCAGGAAAACAGCUUUGUAUCUGAAGUGCCUCGGCUGGAUUUAACCUCACUGUGUGAUGACAACAACUGGGAAGAGCCCAUCCCUGCUCUUUCCUCAUGGCAGCGAGACGGCUUAGACUCAGAUGAGGCUCGCCUUUCCCCGCAGGCUGGGCGCUUGAUUCGCCAGCUGCUGGAUGAGGACAGCGAUCCUAUGCUGUCCCCUCGCUUCUAUGCCUAUGGACAGAGCCAGCAGUACCUGGAUGAUACAGAAGUGCCUCCUUCUCCUCCCAAUUCUCAUUCCUUCAUGAGGAGGCGGAGUUCAUCCUUGGGAUCUUAUGAAGAUGACAGAGAAGACCUUACCCCUGCACAACUCACCCGGAGGAUUCAGGGACUGAAGAAAAAGAUCAGGAGAUUUGAGGACAAAUUCGAAGAGGAGAGGAAAUACAGACCUUCCCACAGCGACAAAGCAGCCAACCCCGAAGUGCUCAAAUGGACAAAUGAUUUGGCCAAAUUCCGAAAGCAGCUUAAAGAGUCAAAACUGAAGAUAUCGGAGGAAGACCUUGGCCCUGUUGUGCGUCAGCGAAGCAACACGCUUCCCAAGAGCUUCGGCUCUCAGCUGGAAAAGGAUGAUGACAAGAAGCAAGACCUGUCAGAUAAAUCUGCCAAGCCUGCUGUGGAAGUAACCCUUGACUCUAUCCAGAAGAAGCUUCAAGAAAAACGAGCAGAGACAAAUCGACCUGAAGAUAUUAAGGACAUGACAAGAGAUCAGAUAGCAGCUGAAAAAGUGGCUCUUCAAAAAGCUUUGCUGUAUUAUGAAGGCAUUCAUGGCAGACCGGUUACCAAAAAUGAACGACAGGUGAUGAAGCCAUUGUAUGACAGGUAUCGCUUGGUCAAACAGAUCCUCUCCAGAGCCAGCACCAUCCCUAUUAUUGGUUCCCCCUCCAGCAAGCGGAGAAGCCCUUUGCUGCAGCCAAUUAUCGAGGGCGAAACAGCUUCCUUCUUCAAGGAAAUAAAGGAGGAAGAGGAGGGGUCCGAGGAGGACAGCAAUGUGAAGCCAGAUUUCACAAUCACCAUGAAAACAGAUUUCAGCGUGCGUAGCUUCUUGGAUCAGCUGGAAGAUGAUGCUGAUGGCUUUGUUUCCCCGGUGGAUGAUAAGAUGCCAUCUAGGAGCAAUCAGGAUAUGGGGCUUUCAAAUCUCCAUGAAGCAUCCAUCUCUGAACUGUUGGAGCAGCUCCAAGAAGUCAGGGAAGAGAAAAAGCGUAUCAGAAAAAAGUUGAGAGACUUUGAAGAUAAUUUUUUCCGACAAAAUGGAAGGAAUGUGCAGAAAGAAGACCGCACUCCCAUGGCUGAAGAAUACAAUGAAUACAAGCAGAUAAAGGCCAAGCUGAGGCUGCUGGAAGUCCUGAUCAGUAAAAGAGAUAUUAGCUCCAAGAUCAUGUAAAGGAGGAGAUUGUUUUUGCCAAUAAACAAAGAGGAGAGAGCACGAAAUGGACAAAUGCAUGAAGUGGAUGCAGCAGGAGCUUGACUGGGGAGAGUUGAGGAGCUCCCUCGGAACUAAGGGCCAUUCCUGGAGGUGGGAGAGGGAGGAAAGGUGGAUUUCCGUCACUCUCUACACUCACUGUUGCCCACUCUUUCUCCAGGCCUGAUGCCCAAAAUGGAGUUUGCCAGUGUAGGAGACACAACACUGCUCAGUGACUGCACUGAAGGGAUCCUUCUGUAUUGAUUUGCUUACAGAUCCUGUAAUAUUUAGAAUAUCAAAACCAGCCAUGCUAUUCUUUUUUCCCAGGAUUUCAUAGCAAGAGGCACAGUAGGAUGAAUAGUAAUGAAAUCAUCAAAUAGCUUCUACCUUCGUUUAACAGACAAGCGCCCUGACUGCUCUCAUGUGAACGUCAGGUAGCACCAAGACUGUUCUCUUGUAGCUACAGUAAAGAUUUGCUCAGACUUUUGACCUGACUGUUUGGAGUCCAGCAUCUUCUGUUGCUCUGGAGAAAUGCUCUAAGAAUCUCGUCACCAUCACCUAGAGCUGGUGUGAGUUGCAGUUUUGCCCAGGUUUGAGUUGGGUUUUCUUCCCACUUUUUUGAUGGCCAAUUCAACUGAAGUAGAAGGAAGUACCUACAUCUGUUUGGGAUAGUAAAGAAAAUGAGCCAUGCAGGAAGGUUCUUGCCAGCUUGUUCCACUUGGAAGGCGAUACGGUGACAUUAUGACUAUGAUUGGGCAACAGGGAAGAGAAGAGGUUUUAAAAGCUUAAAGUCAGAAUUCCUUGGGAUUUGGGUAGUUGGUUAAAUAUCUGGUGUACAGUAUCUGGAAGAUAUCUGGAAGACCCUCCCCAUCAGUAGUUCAUCAUCUGAUACAAACAUGAGUCUAAGCUGAGCAGUCCACAUGGGUGUCCCACAUACUCACUAGCCUAAAUUUUGUUCAUGUACCUCACAACUGUGUGGGCUGCAGCAGUGACACUGUGAUGAUGGCAGCAGAGGAUGGUCUCUUCCCAGUGUGUAGGAGAUAUGGCAGCACAGAGGAUACUGCAGGGAACUGAGAGCCCAGAGCCAUGUUCUGCCUGUGGAAAGGGCCUGUGUCUCGGGUGCAAGUUCUGACAGUUCAGUGUUUUCAAAUUUGCUUAUGACUUUCAGAAAAGUGUCCUGAGACAACUCAUUCAGGUGCUUGUGUCAAACAUGCUGCCUGAAGGAGAAAGGCAGCAAGUUGCUGAGGGCUCACAGUUCUGCAGUCCUGAACCACCUGGGCUUGCUCUCCCACUCCAGAGGCUUGAGUGCACCCCUUGGUCUGCCCAAGCCAGGGCUUGACCCUGAUGUCCCAGGGAGAGCACAUCCAUAGUGCUUUAGCUCCCCAGGGGAUCCUUGCCAGUGUGCAGAAGCCAAAUGGCUGAGAUGAAAUCAAGUGCCAGUUGUAGCCAGGCCUCAUGUACAUUGCACCAGAGGAGCCAAGAGGACUCUCAGAACAACUCCUCCCCCUUCCCUCUUUAUUACAGGCAGGUAAGCUCACAAAUAAUUGUAUUGGGGUUGUGGUAGUUUCACUUGCCAUAUGUGCUGUGUUAAUUCUUGCCAAAACUGCUGCUGUUUUGGUCUCUUCAGGAUCCCAUGAACUCUUUGAAAGGCAGCCAUCUCCCAGUGGGUUGCACAUGCCCAUUGCUAGUCCUGAUAGGUAAGGCACUGAUCUGCAUUAGUGAAAGCACUUAGGAUGGGAACUUAUGGGUUGGUUUGGUUUUUUACUGACUGCAGAAUUGCCUGUUUUAUAUAAAACCAGCAAAGACUGAAUUUCAUAUUUCCCAGUGGUCUGGAGGACUUGUGUGCUGACCUGGAGCUUGGCUUUUCAGAGGUGCUGAGUUCUCAUCUCCUGAGAGAUGUGGGACUCUGCCUCUGCAAAACUGAUCCUUUGGGUGUGUUAACUGGGCUGACAGAUGGGCUCAAAAAGUGCUUUUGAAGGUAUUUGACUGGAAGGGAAGCCUGACCAGGGUAAACCCCUGUCCUAACACAGGGCAGCCCAGGAAACCAGAGCUGUGCCUUUGUCCUUCAGCCUGUUCGUGCAGGCUCUUCCUCUCACAGUCAGCACUCCCUAGUUAUUUUAGGUAAGGCAGCUGAGCCAAACUGGCUGCAGUGUCACUCUGCUAGUAAAAGCGUGGGAUGAGAAAGGAUGUUGAGUUACCAAAAGGUGCUUAGCACUAGCUCGUUUUUGUAUUGUUCAGGCCCAGUUCAACAAAACAAAAACCUGGAUGGUGAGCAUGUGCCUCAAGCUGGUCUGUUUUGGGAUUUUGCUGAAUUACAAUGGACUAAAGCUUGAGUGCUUUGCUGAAUCUGGGCCUGGACACCUUUAAAUGGACAAGAGAAGCAAUUUCUGCCCUUUUUCAUAAUCAUGCAUUUUUUCAGUGGGCCAAGGCUUCCCAGGAGUAUGUUUUCUCUGCUUAUUUUUAAAAGCCUGUUUGCACUGUGUACUGAUAAAUUAUCUGUUUUGCUGGGUUUUGCCCCUGACAAAUCUUGAUAAAUGAUAUGUAGGGAACAGUCCAUUUUAUUUUUAAACUGAUGAGAUUGUAGCAUUUUCUGAUGCUUAGUUACUGCUGUUUACAUGGUAUAUUGCUAGAAUUUCAGAUAGUUUCUAUGAAAUGUAAGUACAGUUAUGCACUUUAGAGAGUUUAUAUUUUUGGACUUUGAAAACUAAAAGUAACAAAGCCUGUUAUCUGAGAUUGUACAUUAAAAGAAAAACCCACACCUAGCCAGUUUCUCUUUUUAAACUGUUCAGGUCUUUCCCCAUGGCAAAAAAAAAGUAAAACUUCAUCUGCCUAGUUGUGAACUGCUAGAAAAGACUGUUGUAGAUAAGUGAAUUUUAAAAUUCCAGUCCUGGAAAGAUGUGUACAAAUGCUGUCCUGGGUUUGCAGAUGCUGUGACUCCCCUCUCCCAGGCCUGCACAAGGAGGAGGGCUCCUGAGCACUAAAACAUUGUAUCUCCCACAAAUGAUUUGACUUCCCACUAACCACAAAUAGCCAGGAGUUACCUUUGUCCUGCCACACUAAGUCAAUCCAAGCAACAACUGUGUGUUUUGUUUGAUAAUUUGUCUGUGCCAACGUCAAUGACUAUUGACUGGAGAAUAUUAAAUACAAGACUGUGCUUUUUAAAAGGUGUGAAGUACUGUACAAAAAUGUACUUUAUGUGAUAUAAAUAAGCUGUUUAGUAUAAGACAACCUGUUUUCAUGUUGCUAGAACAAACUGUCUGCUGUAGAUGGCAGUACGGUCUGUUGGGCUUCCCGUCCACUGGGGCCAUUUCAGACGUGUGUCUGUAUGUUACCACGUUGUGGUAUAAUAAAUCAUGGUGGUUUAUGUAAAUGAUGGCCAUGAACGGGUUGUGGACAAAAUAAGAUUGCAAGAGUUAAAGAUAGAGGAAAAACUUGUCAUUCUUACAAGUUGCAUUUGGUUUUAUUCCGUUUACUCCUGAGUAAACAGUUUGAAUAAUGGAUGUUUAUGUUAAAGGCAGUGAAAUUAAAGCAUCUUAUCUUUUAA